UAUAUUGAAAUUUACUUCGAAGUCCAUGGUGAUUAAUCUAUGAUUCAAAAUUGGAGAAGUAAAAGCUAUGAUUCGAUUGUGUAAUAAAAUGAAUAGAUUCGGGGUGCUGAAGAGCAAUACGCUCCGCAUUGCAACUCGAUUUUACAGUGAAGGCUCCACACAAAACGAAAGUCCUAGUUUUUCUUCGCCUCCAACAAAUUCGACGAUUCCUGAAGUCAAUGGAUUGAGUAGCGCCGUCAUUCAUCCAGCUUCGCAACCUGUGGGCCCCGGUGUGGAUCCAAAAAAAACCGGAGCGUACAAAGUUCCAGAAUAUUUCUGUUAUGAUAAUGUGAGCUUCUUCGAAGCUGAAAUUGAGAUGGCGAAGUACCGAUUGCCACAACCUUCGGCCCUCAAAAAGUAAAUUUUAAUUUGCUUGAUAUUAGAUGUAAUGUAGUAAUUUAAUAAAUACAGUUUUACUAAGUUA